GCAACCUCACACAUGCUAGGUAUCUGCACCAAACCUUUUCCCCACAAGCCAAGAAGCUCCGCAUCCAAUCUGCAGCUACACAUGGCCCUCUAAAUAGCUUUUGCCCCACAGUAGACAGCCAUGGAUCGCUUCGACCGCUUCAAGAAGCCAGGCUUCAAUAGGCAGGCCGCGGUCAAGGCCUUGAAGGAGAGUGUGCAGACUGGGCACAAGACGGGCCUGCCCCCGCCCCUGCUCACCCUAUUCUCGCCGCGGCAACAGCUUCCUCUCGCUGAUGGUCUCAAAAAGGCAAAGAUCAAUCAAAAAUACACCGGCAUGGCGAGCUAUGUCAAGGAGUUCGCGAGUGAAGGCGACCCCGAGUAUCAGCCGCCGCGUAACCCGGACUGCCCGCCGUCCCCUCGGCUAUUUCGGAACCCAGAGCUUCGGAUACAAUCGCGCGUGGAGACGGAAACGAAAACUGAGAAGAAGAUUCGGCUUACGAAAUGGAAGCUGGAGGAGGCGGAGCGAGAGGCCAAGGAGCGGGCCAAGACGUUCGACCCCAACAAGGACCCCAAGAUUGAGGGCGACCCGUACAAGACAAUUCUGGUGGCUCGACUCAGCUUUGACGUUACAGAAAAGAAGCUGCGCCGCGAGUUUGAGGAGUAUGGGCCAGUGAAGCGCGUGCGCCUGGUGAUGGACAAGAACGGCAAGUCGCGCGGCUACGCAUUUGUUGAGUACGAGCACAAAGCGGAUAUGAAGGAGGCGUACAAAGCAGCGGACGGCAAGAAGAUUGAGGGCCGCCGAGUGCUGGUGGACGUGGAGCGCGGGCGGACGGUGGAGAACUGGAAGCCACGGAGACUGGGAGGAGGUCUGGGUGCGCCAGGGCGAGAGCCGAAGGCACCGAAGCGGCAGAAGCCCGGCGCCCUGCUGCCGACGCCGAUCGCCGCGCCGCCAGUGGACGACAGGCCUCGCGCCCGCGAGUACGACCGCGACCGCUCCGAGCCGCGCCGUGACUACGACCGCGACCGCGGCGCGCCGGCCGGCGGCAGCAGCUACCGCGACUACGGCGGUGGCGCGCCGCGCAGCGGUGACUUCCGCUCUGGCGACCGCGACCGGGACCGCGACCGCGACUACCGCAGCUCGGAGCGCGACUACCGUGGCGGCGGCUCGGAGCGGGACCGCAAGCGCGACCGGCCCGAUGAAAGCUACCGCGGCGGCGGUGGCGGCGACGACAAGCGCGUGCGGAGGGACUAUGAGGACGGCGAGCUGCGGGACGACCGCCGCGACCGGGACCGGGACGGGCGGCGCCGCGAGCGCGACAUGGUGUAAGGGGUGGCUCAGGAGGAGCCGGAGGAGGGCCGGAAGAGAUGGAGGUGGAGGCGGAGGGACCGGGAAAGCGGCCAGGUGGGCGGCUAUGUAAGGUGCCUGCGGCCGGUGCUGUGCGCGCAUAGCGUGCGGCACGCGCAGCUAAGCCGCAGUAUGGUACACAAAAUCCAGCACGGUAUGUGUGGACGCCAACAACCACCACAUCAUCAUCAAGGCUUCGUCGCUGUGGCGAUCUCCUCGUCACCAGGAGAGUGGCACCGGGGUGCCGGCGGGCUUCGGGCUGUGCCGGGGCGCUCAUAGUUGAUGUAGCCGGGAAGGGAAGCUAGUAUGGUAGCGAGCGUGUUGCCGAGCCGCUUAGCCGGGGGCACCCAGUUUGGCCGGGUGCGCGUUGUGGAGGGGGCCGUGGUGAGCGGCCGGUCGCCCUUGGGUUGCACGGCGGUAAGGUACAGAUGGUAAGGCCGUGAUUCCCACUCGUGUGCGCCACUGGGCAAGUGGUGCGGCGUGUCCGCAGCGGUCCACGUUGGGAGGCCUGCUGCCGCCACACGCCAGUAGCGGGUAGGUGGCAGGUAGUGUUGAGCGUCGACAGGACGGGGAAAGGUCCCCAGGUAGGUCCUGGCAAACUGUAGAUUAGCCUGUGCGUGGAUGAGCCAUCAGGUGGGUGUGCAGGAGCGCGUGUUAUGGUUGACGGGUAAGAACACAUUGGCCACAGCGGAUGCGUGGCGUGCACACCGCUCCGUGGCACUGCAACGUCCGGGCGAGAGAGGAGGGUAGGUCUCUGGUCCUGCAUAGGUGAGAUGGGGCACGGCAUACUAAGCGGGAAUGCAACAAGCAUUGUAUGCAAAAUCCAACGGGUUGCCGUUGCUCUUGCGACACGCACUCGCACCGACAUCCCAGGGCUCCUUGUCGUGGACACGCCAGGGGUAAGAGAACUGGUAAGCCCUGGGAGAGGUCGAGCGGGCGCUGCGCGAUUGUAAUUUGUCGAACACCUGCAUCAGCUUUCGGAGUAGUGCGCCCCAGACACGAGGACGUUUACCGAGCGGGGGGCUGCAGGCGGUCAGCGCAGGCUGUCACGUGCCUUCAACACGCGCCUGCUGUACGGCGAAGGCUCAGGCGGCAUGCUCUGGUUCUUGUGGACGAGCCUGAGAUAGCGAAGCACAGUGCUUUGCUGCCUGCCACGCCUUGUAUGCGAGAGAGCCGAGCAGAGAGGCACAUGCUGAAGCCUAGGGAAGCCGGAGUACGGGUCAUGUUGGUGCGAGCUGGUGCGAGGGCUCAGGAAUCGCUCAAAACCACGAGUCGCUCAACAGGCGACUUGUACUCAAAUGCAAUCUACCGAGA